UUGAUCAUACGGGGAGCUCAACAGAAGAAAUCCCAUUGUUCCUGUUCCUGGGCCUGGCACCGCAUCAGCACUGCAUUUCACUUGCCUCGUCCCAACGCUUGCUCAGCUGUUAGGUUUAGGUACUGUAGGUAUAAAGCUCCACGCUCGCCUCCUCUUUUUCAAGAUGCGCCCUUUCUCUCCUGCAUCCAUCUCCCGCGUUACUCGCACAACCACUCGAAUCAAUCCCUUUUUUACCCAACCUCGCAACUUUUCUUUCACACAAGCCAUAAUGGGUGUUCAGAAGACCAUCAUCUCCGAGGGCAGCGGCGCCUCUCCUCAGGUCGGCCAAAAGGUCACCAUCCAAUACACCGGCUGGAUCAAGGACGAGUCCAAGCCUGACAACAAGGGUGACCAGUUCGAUAGCUCCGUCGGCCGUGGUGCCUUUGUGGUCCCCAUUGGUGUUGGCCAGGUCAUCAAGGGCUGGGAUGAGGGUGUUACCCAAAUGAAGCUCGGCGAGAAGGCCCUUCUCGACAUCACUCCUGACUACGGCUACGGCGCUCGCGGCUUCCCCGGCGCCAUUCCCCCCAACGCCACCCUCCUCUUCGAGGUUGAGCUCCAGAAGAUUAACUAAGUCCCUCAACUAUCUACCGCUAUCCUUCGAUCGAGUCUGGGAACAUGAAGCUUUGACGGGCUUCUGAUUAGCUGCAAACGCUCAACGAAUGCUACGAUCGACCUGGUGCUCAUUAUACCCCUACAGACAUGUAGCAUCGGGGUGCAGUAUGGAGUGAGGAACCAAAUAUGGCGACUUCUACAUAUUUCCUAGGGACGGUCAAACAAAGAAUAAUUGAGAUCCAACGUGAACCUCUGUGAUGACCAUUGCUGGCAUGUGUUGGUGAACAAAAGGAUGCACCGAUAAAUUGAAAGAUAUAAUCAAGUAUCUCGA